AUUAAAAAUAUUAAUCUGCAGAUAAAUAACUGUAGGUAAGUUAUUAAUGGGCCCAGUUUAUGGGUAAAGUUAAAGCUUUCAACUUUGAAUUGACGGGCAACAAAGCAGUAUUCUAUCCUGGACAAUGGGUCAGCGGUGACUGUAAACUCGUCGUCAAUGAGGCCCUCAAGAUCAAAUCGUUCAACAUCCGAUUAAUUGGAGAGGCUGGAUACUGUUUAAAGAAAGGUGGACAAGUAAAAAAGCGAGAGUUUGUAUUGCCAGUCCAGACCCAAGUCAUCUAUGGGCCAGCUACCAUCAGUAUGGGAGAGCAUGUCCAUCAGUUUAGAUUUCAAAUCCCACCAGAAAACCUGCCCACUUCUUUUGAAGGAGAAUACGGUUUUAUUAGGUACUCUCUGGUCGGGGCUAUUGACCGACCCUGGAAAGACCAGAUCACAACCAGGAAGAUGUUCUCGGUGUGGGAGUAUGUUGACUGCAACAAUCCACUCCUUAGUGCACCCCAAGUUGGACAGAGUGAGAAGUUACAGAAAGGGGGCUGCUGUUCCCCAGCUAAAAGGAGUUACAUUACUCUUCAGCUGGAUAGGAGGGGGUACUGUCCUGGGGAGAACGUUAUCGUCAGCCUCAAGGUUGAAGAUUUCCCCCCUGGUAUCAUUGUUAAGAUGAUGUUGACUAUGGUGUCCAUGUUUAAAAUGAACGAUACUCCACAAAACAAAAGUGGUCAGACUAAACGUGAUGUUCUACAGACCUGUACUAUUGGCACGGUGCCAACUGGUGCUAAGUCUCAUCGCUUCCCCAACGCUAGUCUUCAGAUUCCUUCAGUUCCACCCACUAUUAGGUGGAAGGGUAAAUCAGGACUAGGUAUUCAAGUGUUUUACCUCGCCGAGGUUAAGAUGUUCAAGAAGAAAGGGAAGAAAGCGAAGCAGUUCUGGCACGUCAACGUCCCCGUUACCAUGGGAACUAUUCCCUUGAACCCCGCUAACGCACAGCUGACCCACGCUCCACUCAGAGCUACACUUUCUAAUAAUAGAGCUAGCCAGAUGAUGGAGCCGCCUCCCUACGACCAGUUCGAUGUCAGCCCCUCAGCGCCCCCAAUGCUUGCUAACUUCUCUGAUGUUCCGCCCUCCUACGAGGAAUGUUGCCUGGGAUCCUCAGCUCUGGAACCUGCAGCUCCCUCCGCUCCAGCGGAGAACAUAUACGGUGACCAGUCCUUCGUUCCUAGCUACACCAUCGCGCGUGGUGCCCGCCUGGACUACAGUUUCGCAGAUCAGUAGCCGACCAGUACUGGUUACUACUGGUUACCAGUACUGUUUACUACUGGUUACGAGUAGUAACCAGUUUUACUGGUUACUACUGGUUACCAGUACUGCACUGGUUACUACUGGUUACCAGUACUGCACUGGUUACUACUGGUUACCAGUACUGGUUACUACUGGUUACCAUUAGUGGUUUCUAUUGGUUACGAGUAGCUGACCAGUACUACUGGUUCCUACUGGUUACCAGUACUGCACUGGUUACUACUGGUUACCAGUACUGGUUACUACUGGUUACCAUUAGUGGUUACUACUGGUUACGAGUAGCUGACCAGUACUACUGGUUACUACUGGUUACGAGUAGCUGACCAGUACUGGCUACUACUGGUUACCAGUACUGGUUACUACUGGUUACCAUUAGUGGUUUCUACUGGUUACGAGUAGCUGACCAGUACUACUGGUUACCAGUAGUGGUUACUAAUGGUUACCAGUACUGGUUACUACUGGUUACCAGUAGCUGUAUGAAGGAAUGUGAAUUAUGUGUGUGUCCAUGUUAAUUCUCUGUACUCCGGCGCUGUUUUUAGUUUUGGAAUUUCAAGAAUGAUUUAAUUUGCCAUCUUCUUUCUGAUUAUUGGUUAGUUGAGAUGAGCGAAACUGUUAGUGAAGAUUAAUUCAGACGAAUAAUUUUAUACAAAAUAAAGAAGUGUUCCUACUUAGUCAUCUUCUUUCCUCUUUUUCAGAUAUGGUUUCAUUUAUAAUGCUAAUUUUGGUUAUAUCAAUACCGAAAUCCGAAUUCGAUUUAAUUUAAAAUUUAAUUACUUGAUUAAAUAUGCAUUUAAUUCUAACAACUAAUCGUCUUAAUAUACUCUUAUUACUAGACUCUUACCCGAACAAGUUUCCAUAUGUUGUUUUUAAAUCGUCAAUCACAAACUUAAGGGGAUAUGAUUGAAUGUGAUUACCGAAUUAUAUAUGAUUAAUGUAGAAUUCCUGUGAGAUGGUGGUGCGGUGUUAUUUAUACACCCCUUCAAUAAGCGUGUAAAGAUAUUAUUUUGUUUUUAAAAUAAAACUUCAUAUUAAUAGAUGAUUGUAAAUUCUCAAUACAGCUAUGCAAGUGACAAGUCCAAAUUUUCUUUUCACUAUUUUUGUAGUACUAUAUACCUGUUUUGAUAUUCGAAA